AUGAAAUAUUCGAUUGUGAAUGAUUUUACAUCCAUACUUGUUCUAGAAACAUUACAACAACAUAUUGAGCAUAAUAUAUGUUCGCAUCCGUCACGUACAACAUUAUACAAUGAUUAUAUGAAAUAUCAACAAAAUAAAAACCAAGAAGAAUCAACAAAAAGUCAACCAAAAAUGACAGCUGUCUUAAGCUUAUGGAAAGCACGUUGCACAUGGUAUGAUAAAAUGAUAACCGGCAAAGACCGUAGCAAUGCAUUCAAAAAGAAAACUUCUACUCGACAUGAUAUGGAAGAACGUAGCAUACGACGAUGA